AUGCUGCUGCUGCUACAGGUUUCCAAGUCACUGCUAGUGGUCCUGCUGCUGCUGCUGCUGCUGCUGGGGCAAGCGUUGUCUCACAGCAAGCGCUUCCCCAAACUUAAUGCAACGACUCCCGCUCGGAAACAAAGGGGUCGUCCUUCAGUUGCCAUGGUGGAAGAUGUGCACCAAAUAGCGUCUCCUAGUGGGGAAAGUGCAGCGCCACCAGCAAGGAGCACUUUGGCCCAUUCUAAACCCUCACGUGACAUGAAACUCGCCUUUCUAAAGAACCCCAAAGUCACUUGCAACGAUGGGACAACCGCUGGGUCGUCCACAAUUAUAGUAUCCUCGUCAAGCACCAUCGAGGUGGCGGUGCUGCCCCGACUGGACUCCUUGGACUUCCCUGGCGUCUUCUUUGGUCUCACCGCCAUCGGCUUCGGGAAUUUGGAAUUAGUGUUGGAAGAGAAGAAAUGUAUUCAAUACUCCCUCCUCUUUCGUUGCAGAUACUACAUAAGGGAGCAGAGAAAUAGCAAGAGGUGGAUUGUUUUCUUAGAAGGUGGCUGGUGCUGCUAUAACACCGAAACGUGUGAGAGCAGACACAAGAAUAGUCGUCGCUUGACAAGUUCAUUGGAGUGGCCACAAACAAGAAAAGGGACAGGCAUUUUGUCAGCUCACAUGGAGGAGAACCCUUACUGGUGGAGUGCAAAUGCAGUCUUUGUGCCUUAUUGCUCUAGUGACCUUUGGAUUGGAACUCUGCCCAAAUCACGACAAGUGCCUUAUACUUUCAUGGGCUCUUUGAUUAUCCAGGAAGUCAUAAAAGACCUUGUCCCCAAAGGAAUUAAGCAAGCUAAAGGACUCUUGCUUGCUGGCUCAAGUGCUGGAGCCACAGGUGUCCUGUUGAACAUCGAUCGGGUCGCAGAACUCUUAGCGGAGCUCAAAGCAGAAGCUCUUCAAGUCCAGGGACUUGUCGACUCCGGCUGGUUCCUGAUCGGCACCAAGCGGCCGAGACCACCAGGAUGUUCAGAUCCUUUGACUUGCUCUCCAGCAGAUGCUCUCAAGAAAGGGCUCCGAAUGUGGAACGGACUCCUUCCAGAGAAAUGCAAGCAGCAAUUCAAACGGGGCGAGGAGUGGCAAUGCUUCCUGGGACAUAAGCUGUAUUCAUCCCUGAAAACUCCGGUGUUUGUCGUUCAGUGGCUGUUUGAUGAGGAACAACUGAAAUUAGAAAAUGUCCGCCUCGGGAGCACAAGCAUUUUGGAAAACCAACGCGGUGACAUCCAGAACCUUGGGAGGGAGCUGAAGAGCUCUUUGCGUGACAUCCCUGCUGUGUUUGCGCCUUCUUGUCUGGCUCAUACGCUGGUAAUUAAAAGCUACUGGACAGAAAUCCAAGUGAAAGGAGUCCCUCUGCCGCGCGCCUUGCAGUGCUGGGUGAAGAGCCUCCAGAAAGCAGCCCAGCCUCCCAAAGCACCUCUUCGCAGCAGCAGCAGCUGCCCCUUUCGCUUGAUUGACAGCUGCUUGUGGCCACACUGCAAUCCUACCUGCCCGGCCCUGCAGGACCCUGCUGGAGACCAAGAAGCUUAA